ACUGGUCUAAGUGGUCUAACUGGUCUAAGUGGUCUAAGUGGUUGUGUGUCUUUAAAUUCCUCUCCCUCUCCUUCUUUUACUUUCUCUUUCUCUUCCUCUUCUGUUUCUUUGUUCUUCUUUCUGACUGGGUUUCAGACCCAGGCGUUCCUUCUUCUGCUUCAGCUCGUUCCUUCUUCAUCAUGUCCACACGUGUGUUUCUGCUGCUGCUCACCGCCGUCGCCGUCACCGGACGACGCUUCGAACGCUGUGAAUGGGCUCGAACACUGAGGGAUUAUGGGAUGGACGGUUACCGUGGAAUCAGUCUGGCAAACUGGGUUUGUUUGACUCGGUGGGAAUCGAACUACAGAACUGACGCCACCAACCACAACCGGGACAACUCCACCGACUACGGAAUCUUCCAGAUCAACAACCGCUGGUGGUGUCAGGACGAAGGGUUCAAAUCAGCCAACGGAUGUAAGAUCAGCUGUAGAGAGCUGUUGACCGAUGAUGUCACGGCGGCCAUCACCUGCGCCAAACGCGUGGUCAGAGACCCGGCUUCAAUCCGAGCCUGGUACGGGUGGCGUCAGCACUGCGAGCACGUCGACGUGAGCCCAUAUGUGGCCGGAUGUGGCCUGGACCAGGAUCUGGAGCGGACCGGGUUUCUGUAAUGCGUCAAAUCCAGAACCUGAAGCGUCCAUUUGGGGGCGGAGCUUUACAGAUCUGUCAGAUUAAAGCAAAUGAUACAAA